GCUGAACCUCCUGAGCGUCCACUAUCCACAGUCCAAGCGGCUGUUCUAGCCCGAGUACUGUGUACAUACAUCUGCAAUGAACAUUCGCCUCCCAUAUAGCAACCGUUCAUCAUGACUGUCCACGCCGUAAAUCUUGCCCUGCUGAAGCGCGCAAAGAACUCAGUCAUUGGCAACCCAACGGCCAAACUUGCCUUGGCACACGAUGAUACGUUCAUAGCUGCACUUGUAGACUGCGUCGGCAACCCACUCUUCACGGGGGACCCCCAGGCUCUGGCUGCGCACGAUGAAGUACGCAUAGAGGCAGCGCAUGUUAUCGCCUCCCUGUCUUACGGAUCCUCGGAUGCCCUGCGCACUCUCUUGAGGUUCAACGCACACCAAGCUUUCCUGUACGCCAUCUCGGUUUUCCAGCCUACCGAACCUCCGAGACUCAAAGCCGCAUUCGCGCGUGCACUGCGAGCUCUUGCGGUGGCAAUCGCAGAUGCUGUAGGCCCUUCGCAAUGGGGGCUACGCAAUGAUGCUCCGGUUGAUGUACGGAACGAAGCCAGGAUGGCUCUUGACUACCUAUUUCAGGUUGAUAUCCUAGACAUUUACUUGCCCCUCCUCACAGAGCCCUCGCUACAGACCAGCACACCUAUCGCCCAGCUACUAGGAUCCGCCGUCCGGAAUGAGGAGCACCAGGCUGCUGUUGCCGACUGGCUACCGCCUGUCGAGCGUUUGAAAGAGGUCAAAGGGAAACGGGGAUGGGAGAAGCUGGACGCCACGAAGUCACCGAGCAGACAAGGAGGCUGGGUGACGCGCCAGCUGACAGCUCUGUUGCAGAGGAAGGACAGCAAGGUGCAAGAAGCUGUUCUUGGAGCUGUCGCGUGUUUAGCGCGAGACAAUCCUACAGUUGCGGCAGGGUUGGCGAAAGCAUCGCCUGACCGAGAAGCAACAUUGACACUCAUACUUUCCUUCUGUCGGUCGCGUGUCACAGAAGUGCGUCUGUCUGCUUGUCAUUGCGCUACGCAGAUCAUACGGGCAGGAUUCGGGAAUUAUGCAUUGGCCGUGGACGACUCGCCCGUGUUGACCGUGAUGUAUGCAGUCAACCACUGCAUCGAGUCCGAAUCCGAGUCGCCGCACACGAGGACGAAAGCGUGCUUCACGUUAUACAGACUCGUACGAGACAAGAAGGAACUCUGUGACAUUGCUGAGCAGCGUGGAGCCCUUGACAAGCUCGCAAAGCUCAUCAAGGACAUAACACCCACGGAUCAGAGCCCGGAAUGGCAAGAAGACGAGCUCGAGAGCAUAUCCUGUCUCCGAGAGGCUGCUUUCAUGGCUGUUGCCGCGAUCUCGCUCUUCCACGAUAAAAUCCGUUGCCAGGUGACGGAUGGACUUGGAUUAGUACCAGCAAUACAGGUAUCGCUUUCGCAUCCCCACCUUGGAGUUCGUUACGCCGCGUGCCAGUGCGUGCGCUCGAUCAGCCGAUCAGUCGCUGUCCUGCGCACGAACAUCGUUGAUAGUGGGGUGGGCAUGGCGGCGUACAGACUGUUCCAGAAGCAAGAUGAAGAUCGUCAAGUCACAUUCGCCGCAUCUUCUGUCGUGUGCAACCUUGUCAAUGAAUGUUCGCCGUUGCGCAACGUAUUGAUAGACCAAGGUCUGCUUCCAAGGCUUGUGCAGCUAUUUCACUCAGGCGACUCGAACCUCCGUUUGAACGCGUUGUGGGCCGUCAAGAACCUACUAUACCAUGCUUCUUCGGAUGUGAAACGCAGAGUCAUGGAUGCCAUCGGGUGGCAUAAUUUCGCGAUCUUGCUUAUGGAUCCGGAUCCUACGAUUCAGGAGCAGGCCUUCCAUGUCGCACGCCACAUAGCGGAUAACACCGAUGAUGUCGAACUACUCUUCCAUGAGUUAGGCUGUGACGUGUUGGGACUUGUAGCGAUGGGCAUGCAGUCGGAAAAUGAUGAUGUAUUGCACCAAGCUAUCUGCGUACUAGCUAACAUAGCCAACAGUCCAACGCGACAAGACAAUAUCCUUUCCAACGUGCGGCUUCUAGAGGCAUUGAAGCAGUGCCUCACGGACAGUAAGGUGGAGGUUCGGCGUCCUGCCGUCGGCUGCAUCCUCGAGCUCGUCAAGGCGAACCCACGCAGCCAUAAGGCGUUGCAUGAUGUCGGCAUCGAUUCUACCUUACGGCAUAUCGGCGACUAUGCUGGUAGUGCGAUGAGUAUGAGUCCAAUAGUAAGGUAUUCAGCGGGGCUGAACCUUUCUAUGGAAGACGAAGUGAGGGAGAAGGCGCGCGAGGCUUUGCAUUGGCUUGAGCACGGCGCGGAGAUGUAUAUAUAAUGCAGCGCUACUUCCGCUGUAUUUAAUCGUAUGUUGUGUACACUUGCUAUCUAGCUGUCCAAAUAUGCUGUUCUAUCAUGUAGUUGUACUACCUAUCUCGCGAUGCUAGUAUCCAGAGGAUCGAGGAAACGAGUCCUCAAGCGCCCGUUUCGCACCGCUCAGCGCUCAGCCUGUAACUCGCUAUGCGACCGUCCUCCCAAAGUCCCA